AUGGCCUCUGCUAUAGGAAUCCUGGAUUCCAAUGCAAACUGUCUCAUCUCAAGAACAUACACUACAGAUAUCCUCCCACUCAGUUCCAUAAUUGAAAAUUUCCAAAAACAAUACACCAAAAAUUUAAACCCAAUAUUCAAAGAUUUUGAAAAUGGUGUUCAUUAUAUUUAUAUCAAGAGUAAUGAUAUUAUACUACUUUGUAUAACAUAUUAUGAUCAUAUCAAUUCAAUGACAUUGUUCCAUUUCCUAUACAAGUUCAAAGAAAUAUUGUUGAACUAUUUUAAAACUGAUGAAUUAAAUAAAGAUUUAAUAAUUGAUAAUUUUAAUCUAAUUUAUGAAAUUUUGGAUGAAGUUAUGGAUUUUGGUAUACCACAAUUUACAGAUUUUACCAUUUUAAAAGAUUUCAUUAAAUUAGAAUUAAAUGAAUCAAAAUUAGAUAUUUCACAUUCACAAAAAAUUGAAUCAGAUACUUUAAAUUAUAUAAAUACUUCAAUCUUGAGAACAACUACAUCAAAUAUAUCAUGGAGACCAAAGGGAAUUUUUUAUAAUAAGAAUGAGUUUUUCGUUGAUAUUAUAGAAAAUUUAACAAUGAAUAUUGAUUUCCAUACAAACAAGAUUUCCAAAAUGGAAAUUAAAGGUUCAAUUAAUAUUAAAUCUUAUCUUUCAGGUAUGCCAAUUUUAAAAAUUGGUUUAAAUAAAAAAUUUAAAAAUUUACAAUUUCAUCAAUGUGUUGAAUUAAUAAAAUUUAAUGAAAUUGGUGAAAUUUCAUUCAUACCACCAGACGGUGAUUUUAUAUUGGCAACUUAUUCCACUCCAAUAAAGACAUUACCUAUAAUACAGAUAUUAAAUCAUGAAUAUAUUACCAAGAAUGAUAACAACAUUGUUUUAAAAUUAUCAAUAAGGACAAAUUUAAAACAAAGAACAAAUUUAACAAAUCUAAAAAUUUCAAUCCCAAUAUCAUUAAAUUAUGAUAUUGAUUUAAAUGAAACUCCAUUAUUUAAAUCCAAGAUUGGUAAAGUUUUAUAUAAAUUGGAUCAAGAUUUAAUAAUUUGGGAAAUUGAUUCAUUAGGAGGUGAAAGAGAAUUUACAAUGCAGGCAUUAUUUAAAUUGAAAACCACCACUUCUGAACCCAAAGAAAAGAUUGAAUUGGGGAUGGAUCCACCGCCAAGGAGAACUACACCAAAUUUUAACAAAUUAAAAGAAAGUCUAGAUAUGAAUGAUGAUGAAGAUGGAUUAGAGAAACCUUUAAAUUUUAUAAAAUUUGAAUUUGAAAUACCUGAUAUGGCAUUGAGUGGAUUAAAAUGUGAAUAUUUAAAAAUUGAAGAACCAAUGUUGAAAUAUCCAAGUUUCCCUUGGGUGCGAUAUAAAACUAUUAAUGAUGAAUAUGUUUAUAGAUUAUAA